AUGUCAAUGCCAUUGCUUUGCUCCUGAGUGGCACUCUCCGAGGGUUCUGGCUCUGCUCUUGCUGAGGCAGACCAACGCAGCUCCAGUUCCCUCCCAGCAGUGUGUGUAUGGGAGUGUGUGUGUGUGUGUGAUGUCACUUCCUGCUGCUGGUUUGAAAAGUCAAGUCCAGACGUUCUGAUAUCAGUUUGGUAAAGAGAAUAGAUGAUGCAUGUUCUCUGUGUAACGUGUCUCCUGCUCUGUGUCUCUGUACACACAGUUCACAGCGAGAAUGAAAACAAGUUCACACAGGCAACUCUGAAAAGUCCAACUUACACCAGGCUGAGUGACCGUGAACAUGGAGCUUCUCAAACCACCAUUUCCAACCCCAGUGUACGGGGAAAUGAGGGAUCAUCAGGUAGCAGGUCUACAGCUAUUCGCAUUCAGACACACACAGAAGGGAGUGAUGUGGUAUUCUACUGUAAUAAUGAUGGUAAAGUGAUGUGGAGUAAAGGAGUUCCUGAAGGGAGAAGUGAAAUCAUCACUGCUCAACGUGGAGAAACUCCUAAAAAACUCCACCCAGAUCCUGAUAACAGAUUCAUGAUGUUAAGUGAUUUCUCCCUCUAUAUAAGGAACGUUUCUGUCUCAGACUCGGGGAUUUACUACUGUAACGCUGUUCCUGUGGUCAAUCUGAUCAUCACUCCAGUAGAAGAGAAUGUAAGUAAGACAACAAUGACAAGUCCAACAUCCAGCACCAGAGCAAAUCACUCUGAAAACCACUCUACUCAAAUCAUCAGUUUUAACUCCACUGUACAAGAAUCUGAAGGAACUUCAAGUACUUUAGGAUUCAUGUUCACUACCAUCCACACAGAGAAUGUAAGGACCAUCACACAGACUCCGACAACCAGCACCAGCGUGAAUGGCAGUGAACCUGAAGCUACUCAAACCAGCAGUUCCAACUCCAUUGUACAAAACCGUAAAGGACCUUCAGUUGUCACAACUACACGGAAUGUAAGUAAGACAACAAUGACAACUCCAACAUCCAGCACCAGAGCAAAUCACUCUGAACAUCUGUCUACUCAAAUCAUCAGUUUUAACUCCACUGUACAAGAAUCUGAAGGAACUUCAAGUACUUUAGGAUUCAUGUUCACUACCAUCCACACAGAGAAUGUAAGGACCAUUACACAGACUCUGACAACCAGCACCAGCGUGAAUGGCAGUGAACCUGAAGCUACUCAAACCAGCAGUUCCAACUCCAUUGUACAAAACCGUAAAGGACCUUCAGUUGUCACGACUACACUUUCCUCCACUCCACCAAGAACACCUGAGAGGAAAAGAUUUGCUGUGGUGAUGGUCUCGGUGCUGGGUGGAGUCACUGCUGUAGGAGUUUUUGGAGCUCUGCUGCUGUGGAAAUGUUUCUUCCAGAAGAAAACUGUUAAAGACAAAAAGGCAGAUCACAUCUACGAAUCCAUGACAGACGUUACACAGACUGCUCAAGAAAAUCAGUAUGAAGCCAUUUACAUCCUGGCAGGAGACCCGACUAUUCUCAAUCUGAGUAAAAUCAUACACAAUCCAUAUCAGCUCCAGUCAUUAAAUACUGUGUGUGUGUGUGUGUGUGUGUGUGUGUGUGUGUGUGUGUGGAAAUUGGGAAUGUGUUGUGUUGUGAAUGUAACUUAUUUUGAUCAUACAGAAAAAAAGACUGACGCUUCCUCGCCAUCAGAGACUCGCCCACUUGAAAAUCUGGUGGAGCCAGUCUACUCCUUGAUAGAAUGAUGAAAUGAGGCUCAACAGAUUUUCUGACAUCCUGCCAAACUCAGCUGCAUCUUUACCCUCAACAUUAAAUACACAGGAGACAUUUCCACUCAGGAGAGUUGAUCCCAUUCUGCCUCUGCCAGGAGGUUAUUAUUCUCUUAAAUAGAAUUAUUUAUUGUGAUUUAUUUGUUUUAUUUUUUUCUGUAUAUAUUUCACCUAUUUUAAAAAUGUACACUUUUUAUAUAAAGAAUAUUAUAAUAUAAAG